UGGCGGACUUACCAGAGCGGACUGUACGGUGAGAGCGAUUCGAAGUGUGAAUGAAUGAAGAUGACAUCGGAGAAAAUGCAACCACCGCCUAGGAAGGUCAAACCAACUGUUGGCAUCAAAAAUAUUCACUCAGAACAAGCGGCUAAAUUACAAGCCAAGCAUCAGCAAGAAUGUGAUCUUCUCGAUGAUAUCCGGACAUACAGUAAACAAAGGGCCGUUUUAGAGAAGGAAUAUGCUCAGGGUUUACUCAAACUAUCCGGUCAGCUGUUAAAGAGAGAGUUCUCUCCCCCUCCCGAACUGAACGUUGGUGAUGGCACGGGAUACAAGACCGCUGUCACUGUGUGGCGCUGUAUCUUGGAAGAGACGGAGCGAGUGGCCAGAGCACGGCUGCAGGCUGCUGAAGUUUACCAGGAUAAAAUCUUCGAAGUUUACAAACCACUUAAAGCUGCCAAAGUUCAGGUUCUGAAGAAGGUUAAUGAUCAGCUUGCCACAAUCCAAACAGAAGUGUCGCAGAGCGUCCGAGAGAUGACCAAAGCUCAUAAGGUUUACGCCGUGGACGAAGGUUUGGCUCAUGAGGCCAGGACGAAAGCCUCUGAGGCAGAAGAGAGAUUAAAAAGGAAAUCCACAGGUCUUUUUCAGUCAGUUGCUUCUCUCCAGAGGAACUGUGCCAAACUCAACUCACGGCGGGAAACCUGUGAAGUGAAGGCGACGGGAUCUCGGAACGAGUACAUCCUCAACCUAGCAGCUGCCAAUGCUCAUCAGAUUCGCUACUACAGCACAGAUCUCCCUUACCUCAUGACGAUGUUGGAUGGUGAAGUUUAUGACAAAGUUCAAGAUUUCUUCACCCUGAUCGGGAAGACAGCGGUGGAAACAAGCGGGAUGGAGCAGGAGUGUUUUAGCCGAGUUCUGGCCCAGUCAGGAUUAGUGAACCGACAGUACAAUUUACAGUGCUUCCUGCAUGAUAACCUUGUUUUUACGGAUCUUGUGCAAUAUCAGUUUGAUGCUUGCCACGGUGAUACGUGCAAUAAAGUCAGUAAGGAUCAUAAUGCUGAGCAUGCCGUGGAAAAAGAGGCUAGGAAGUGGGCAACGAAAAUCGCCAAAGAAACUAGAGCUAUCAAAGAUUACAACAAAACCCUCAAAGCUUUACAAACUGGAGAAUAUAAGCCAGAGUCACCCCAGGAAGGUAAAGAUGGCAAAGAUGCUAACAACUUUGACCCAGAACAGAAGAUGGAAGAGCUGCGGCAGAGUAUUAGGAAGGCAGAGACAGCAAAGAUGAAAGCGGAAGCUAGAAUAGAAGCCCUAAGGGUGGCAGGAGUGAAUGUUGAUGAGUGGCUGACCAGCACGCAAAUGGACACUUUGGCCAUUGAGGAUGAGGAUUUGCCCCGCACACCCAGCCAGGUCUCCUUAAGGACAGAGAGCUCAGGAGGGCAUAGUGAAGAUCACGAAUCCACUUAUAAAAACUUUGAAGAGGAGGAUGAUGACUUUAUGGAUGACACAUUUGACACGUCAAGAGAGAGUUUUCAUUCUGGCAAACAGUAUCCCAUCAAUUGUGUGGCUCUCUACACAUUCCAGGCGAGUAACCCUGAUGAGCUGGGUAUAACAGAGGAGGAGAGUUUAGAACUGAUUGCUGAUGGAGACGGAGAUGGAUGGGUAAAGGCUAGAAAUGCAUCCGGAAAGGUUGGUUACAUUCCUGAGAUCUAUGUCAAGAUGGCAGAUGAGCAUUCUCCUCCUCACUCAGGGGAGAGUUACAAUGGUAACUCAGGGGGGAUAACUAUGCCUUCUGCAUGUGAGUAUUCCCCUGCGUCAGGGGGCAGCGAUCCAACUCAUGAUGUCUCCUCAUCGUAUUCCUCCACGGACUAUGAGGUUCAGCAGACUACCCAGCAGAUGCCAGCUGAUAACGGGCAGGUCCCGUCUGCAGAAGGGUUUUGGUGCCGAGCUCUGUAUGAUUACGAGGGCACCAGCGAGGAGGAGUUGAGUUUCCAGGAAGGAGCGCUGAUUCGCGUUGUCCGUAAGGAUGAGAAUGGUAUUGAUGACGGCUGGUGGGAGGGAGAACUGAAUGGAAAAUUUGGCGUCUUUCCCUCUUUAGUGGUCGAGGAGAUGAUGGAUGAAUCUGAGAAUCAAUACGUAACCUGGGAGGAAUACAACUAUUACAACAGUCAUCAAGGUCACACUCAAGGUCAUCCAUAUACAAACGGCUGCCCCAGGAUCACAGUGACGAAGACGUACGAAUCAUUUGCUUGAGAUCAUUUCCCUUAGCAACGGACAUUUUUUCUCUGAAAAAAAGAUGGCUUACUGGGAGAACCACAUGCUAAUCUCUAUCUCUUUUUUUUAAUUUUUAUUUUGAUGAUUAUAAUCAAGUGCCAACUUUUUGUUUUGUCACCAUCACCUGAUUCACCAAGGACUAUAAAGGCACCAAAGACACCAUUUCAGUCUUACUGAAUACACUGAUCUCUAUGCAUAGAUCUGUUCUCGAUAUUGCAUUCUUAACAGAUUUGGGACUGUGUGCAUUUUGAACUAAGACGUUCGAUCUCACAAAUGUUUCUUUGUGGAUCAGAUGCUAGCUCAGUUGCAGUAUACUGUAUAUACAUUUGGACUGUUGUCUAAGCACUUUAAAAAAGCACAUUCCUUGGACGUCAGUUUUGCAACAUUGCACAGGACCUGGUUUGUGUUCAGUGUUUGAACAUGGACCAUGAUGGUGCAUAAUCUUUUGGACAAAGUGCUUGUGUGACAGAGAUUUAAAAUUUGUAAAUAGUUUAGGAAAUCUUUGGAAGUACAUGUGGAUGUGGCGGACCAGGUAGUCAUGCUUAGCAUAUGUUCUAGUAUGCGGAUUAGUUACCAGUGUUAUUCAUGUGUGUGAUAAUUGACCGUGAGUUCUAGUCAGAUGUAUGGAACUUUGGUGAAAUCUGUUUAUACGGAAUUGGUCAGUUAAUUUGUGAACUCUUUGGAAAACUGCCGGUUUUGUAAACACUUGUGAAACACUGCAUGGUGAAUAUGGUGUUUGUUUGUCAGUAUUGGUGCAUGUAAUGCUCUUCAGGGUGUUUACAGAAAUUGGUGCAUUGAAAUAUCUCGAAAGAUCGUCUCAUCAUGUAUGUCAUUCUGUAAUUGUUAUAUUGUACUUGUUUCUAUUAUACAUCUAUAUACAUGUUUGCACACCUAUCCUUGUACAUGUAUUUGGAGAUUGUCCUUGAUUGUACAACUUUGCUAACAUAUAGUAGUACAUAACAUAUCUUUGAGGUUUCUGUAGUUUUCAAAUCAAGCUGUUUGACGCUGAAUUUGCUUUGUGAAAAAUGACUUUGAGCUGGGUUAACAUUGCCAGCUUGAAUUCACAACAAAGGCCGAGAAGUCGAGAAAAGUCAAGAAGCUUUUUUCGCACUUAUAUAUGUCAGGACAUCUUCUAAACAGCAUGUCAAGAAAUAAUGAAAAUUUAAAACAAACGUUUCCUGUAUGCUUUAACCAAACAAGAUAUUGGGUGAUUUUAAGAAGCAUGAUUGGCAUGGUAACCUUUGAGGUUACAUAUGUAAGGUAUUGGUUUGCUAUAAUCACUGUUUGAAAAAGAUCUCAGCAUGUAGCUAAACUUGACGUGUAGGGUGAGUUGUUUAGUAUUCAUCCAGUUACUUAUUAACUGGUAAUUAUUUAUGCAAUACACCUCAAAUAAUUGAAUAUUGAGAGUGAAAUGUAUCAAAUUUUUCUGAUCGUAAAAUGAAAGGCAUCCACACGUAUAUGAGCUAGGAAAAUUAGGCUUAGUUGUAACACUUUAAUGAAUGGUGUAUGAAUAUCUGUGCAGGAAAAGCGAUGUUGGGCUGCAAAAUAUUGGCUUCAAUGACAUGAAUUAUGAAGGUGUACCUUUACCGACAAAAUGGACUGAUCACCAUAAUGUUUAUAAAAUGAUGGGCAAAUGUGAAAGGCGUAUGAUAUAUUGACUUUGGAUAGGAUCCAGCAGAUUUUGAUUUUCUUGAAAGUUGAUUGGCAAUUUCGUGUUGUAUUGUGGAAUCUCUUGAUAUAUGUUGCAAAGCCCAUGAAUCUGUCUUUUGUCUUAAUAUCUGUCUUUGCAUUCUGCAGUUGGCAGUCUAAUCCAUCUUGGUAUUGAUUUUGUACACACAUUAUGACAACAGUAUUCGUAUUCAGAAUACACAGGCUUUGCGUUAUGCAUCAGUCUGGAAGCUAUAAUGUACUUACUCUGCUUUAUAGAGAGAGACGUAUUGGAGAAAGUUUUUAUUUUGCUAAUAUUCAUUAGUCUGGUAUUUUAUAUAGCAAUUUGCACAGAGCUUUGUAGUCAUUUGAGGUUUGUCUCACUAAAGUAUGUUGAACCUUGGUUAUUCUUUUUUGAAAGUUUCCAUAGCUUGGCUUUAUAUAAUUCUCUCUUUAUAUUUACAUGAAACUUUCUAAUAUUUAUGUAUAGUUUGUGUACAUACAAGCAAAAUCUCACAGCCUUGUUAUUUGUUUAUCUUGUUAUAUCUUUGCUCUAUCCUUGUGGUAUAUUUAAAAAUAUAAAGAUAUAUAUCUGGUUUACAUGUAUCUCAGAUUUGUUUUUAACUUUAGGCCUAUAUUCUCUCGCCUAUUAUCCUCAGCUGUACCUAAUUGUGAGACAGGACAUGCUGUGGGAAUUAAUAGAACUAAGAUGUUGAGUAGUUAAGUGAUGAUGAAUUAAAGCUGAUACAUGUGAUUCAUCCUGUACAUAACUGACCAGUCAAGAGCUGAGUUCAGUCUAUUUCAGUCUUGAAAUGUCUGCGCAAGCUUUCGCAAAUCAGUAGGAAAUGUAAUACAUGCAAUUCGAUGUUCAAUGCAAAUAUGUCCCUAUUUUGACACUUGUGAAGAUGGGAUUCACAUACAUAUAAAUAUAGAUGAGCUAGAGUAUGCUGUCAUACUGCUCAGCUUGACCCACAUCACAUGAUGGACCAGUGCAGAUUCACACCUUGUGUGAACUUCAUGUAAGCAAGCCUUGGAAAUGCAAAACAGCAUGAUAUUCUGGAGGAACAUGGGAAUGGAACCUGGCCAAGAUAAAUACAAUGCAAGUAGAUUCUGUAGCCUGAUCAGUGAGUUUAUCACAGUUGUCAAGUAUCUCAGAUUCAGUGUCAGUUGGAUUCUGUAUCCUGAUCAAUGAGUUCAUCACAGUUGUCAAGUAUCUCAGAUUCAGUGUCAAGUGGAUUCUGUAUGCUGAUCAAUGAGUUCAUCACAGUUGUCAAGUAUCUAAGAUUCAGUGUCAAGUGGAUUCUGUAUCCUGAUCAAUGAGUUCAUCACAGUUGUCAAGUAUCUCAGAUUCAGUGUCAAGUGGAUUCUGUAUCCUGAUCAAUGAGUUCAUCACAGUUGUCAAGUAUCUCAGAUUCAGUGUCAAGUGGAUUCUGUAUACUGAUCAGUGAUUUUAUCGCAGUUGUCAAGUAUCUCAGAUUCAAUGUCAAGUGGAUUCUGUAUACUGAUCAGUAAUUUUAUCACAGUUGUCAAGUAUCUCAGAUUGAAUAUCUGUAGCAGAUUCUGUAUCCUCAUCAAUGAUUUUAUCACAACUGUGAAGUAUCUCAGAUUCAGUGUAAAGUAGAUUCUGUAUCCAGAUCAGUGAGUUGAUCACAGUCACAGAGAAUUUCAGAUUUAAUGUCAACAAGAACCUUGACCCUGAUCAAUGAUUUUUAUUACCGUUGUGAAGUCUCUCAGAUUCAAUAUUUCAAGCAGAUUCUGUAUUUUGAUCAAUGAGUUAAUUACAGCUCUAGAUUAUCUCAGAUUCAAUAUGUCGAGUAGAAUCUGUAUCCUAAUCAUCAGGUGUGAAAUAUCUCAGAUUUAAGGUCAACUAGAAUCUCUGUCCGAUUCAGUGAUGUAGAAUCUGUAGUCUGAUCAAUGAGUUCAUCUCUAGUUCAAAAAUUAAGAACUGUUUACACGGAGUAUUAUAUGCGCCCAUAGUUUUGCAGACGCAAUUUGAUGUUUUCACAAAGUUUGUUUUUCUACAAAUGCAAUAUCGCACUAUUUGUAAGGAGAAUGUACGUGUAGUUUUAAUUGUUGUGUUAUACAUCUGAUCAGUGCCUCUUCGUUUUCUUCUGGUUACAGAUUUAAGACAUGUUAUGUGAAAAUUUUCAUUGUUAUUUUGUAUUAAUUUUUUUUAUUGGUAAUGAUGCACUAGUCAUUUUACUAUAAUGUACAAGAAUGCCACAAAUGUUAGAUUGGUACAUUCCUGGAUAAAUUAUAUGCAAGACAGUCUAAUGAGUGUGUUAGGUAACUCAAUGUGUAGAAGGUGAAAAUAAGGAAAAUCUCUUGCAAAACGUAUAGUGUUAUAUCAUUAAAUAUUUCAUCAGGAAGUUCAGGCGUGUGAUGGAUAGUUUUUAGCUUCCUUGUACUAUUGUCUAUGUCAUUUUGAUAUGAAGUGUAUUAAAGAAAACUGCAUUUAAUGUGGGAUAAUUCCUUCCUUUCUCAGCAAAAGACUGUAUUUACACUCAGAGGAUUGUAAAUACAUGCAGAAUUGAGUUUAACACACUAGGUGCAGAUGGUACCUGUGCUGGUGUCGGUCACCCAACCAUCUGCUCGUGAAUUGUUCUCAUGCCCUACCCACCUACAGCAAACCUGUAAACACAUACCAUAUAUGCCACAUUAAGUCUGCUUUUUUGGCUCGCCUGUAUAAAGUGCAGGCGUAGCUUGUGUUGUACCCUGAGCGUCGGCGUCCAAUAAUAGAGAAAGCAAUGCUAAACAAAGUUAUUUGGUGUGAUAUCUUUAAAUGUACUGCAGAUAUAGAGCUCAGGGUUUGCACACAUGUAGAGCACCAUAGCACGAGGGGUAUAUUCAUUGGAUGUGUGCAUAUUAAGUACCAUAAAUUACUGAAUUCCUGACUUGUGUUGUGUGUAAGAAUCAAUAUUAAAGAAAGUAUUAAAUCAAAUUAAACAAAGGGAUGGUUUCUUAAAAAGUACUGCAUAUACUGAGCUCAGGGUUUGCACAAAGGUAGA